GGCGGUGCUCGGAACGCUACCAGGAGGGCGACGCGGCGGUCGCAGCAAUGGGUGCUGGGCCUUCGGGGGUGCGCAUGGGGCUCGGGGAACGGCCGGGAGCGGCUGAAGAGACCGUCGCCGGGACUGGCCCUUGACGCUGAACUGCGGUGGGGUCCCCGCAGGCGCUGCGAGGGCCCUUGAGCGGGAGCGGGGAGCAUCGGAGGAACCGGGCCGCUGCCGGCCACUUCAGGGGCCCGCCUGACCGUUGGGUGGAUCGACAGUGCCGUGUGGGCACCUCUGGGGGUGGGGUGACCCUCCUGGCACGUUUCGGGGGCCGGGGCGCCUCCGCAGGGGCCGACGCACAUCCCAGGGGGGGCACCGCCGGGGCCCAGCGCUGCCUCGGCCAGCCCCCGGGCGCCCCUGGAUGGCUGAGCUGCCCUCUCGCCGGCCGCCCGGGCGCCGCAGCGGCUGAGCUCGCUGGGAUCGCCGGGCCGCCGCCGCCCUCGCCGCCCCCUGCAUGCCCGGCGCCCGGGUCGCGGCCCACCUGGACGCGCUGGGCCCCUUGGUCCCUUCCGUGCCGCCGCCCCUGCUGCCCUCUAUGUUCUACGUGGGCCUGUUCUUCGUCAAUGUGCUGAUCCUAUACUACGCCUUCCUCAUGGAGUACAUCGUCCUUAACGUGGGCCUCGUAUUCCUGCCCGAGGACAUGGACCAGGCGCUCGUGGACCUCGGCGUGCUCUCCGACCCCGGCUCGGGCCUCUACGAUGCCGACUCGGAGCUCGACGUCUUCGAUGGUUACUUGGAGUAGGCCUGGCUGCUGUCCCCCGCUCUCCCCACGACCCGCAACCCUCGGCCCGGACCGGAGCACGAACCAUGCCGCCGCUGCUGUUUGAGGGCACCGUCUGGCCAGGGAUGGGACUCCCAGGACGAGGCCCUCUUCGGCCUCCGAGGCCUGCCUGCUCCCCUCGAAAGCCCUGUGCCAACAGAGAGGUGCCCGUCCAGACCCAGGAUGGUGGGACAGAGAGAUUGAGACUGGGUGCCGAGGUCCGGAAGGCACGCGCCCCUGCCCAAAGGGUAAGGCAGGGGCGCCCGGAGACCUUGCCCGCCUGCAGCGUCGCGCAAACGGCCUUGCCUUGGCUUCCGAGCUUUCGCCGUUGCAAUGGAUGUUUACAGGAACCCAGCCAGAGUCUGCCUCCCUGCUCUUCACCCCCGGCUGCAUCUGCUUCUCCCACUUAAUCUUCGAG